GGUUCUCAGCUCUCGGCCCCACCCUGGCCCACCAUGGCACGGCGGCUCCAGGACGAGCUGGCCGCCUUCUUCUUUGAGUACGACACUCCCCGAAUGGUACUCGUGCGCAACAAAAAGGUGGGCAUCAUCUUCCGGCUGAUCCAGCUUGUGGUUCUGGUCUACGUAGUCGGGUGGGUGUUUGUCUUCGAGAAGGGGUACCAGACCUCAAGUGGCCUCAUCAGUAGUGUGUCUGUGAAACUCAAGGGCCUGGCUGUGACGCGGCUCCCAGGUCUCGGCUCCCAGGUCUGGGACGUGGCUGACUACGUCUUCCCAGCCCAGGGGGAUAGCUCCUUUGUGGUCAUGACCAAUUUCAUCGUGACCCCCCAGCAGGCUCAAGGCUAUUGCGCAGAGCACCCAGAAGGGGGUACAUGCAAAGAUGACAGCGGCUGCACCCCCGGGAAGGCAGAAAGGAAGGCCCAAGGCAUCCGAACCGGCAAGUGUGUGGCCUUCAACAACACUAUACGUACCUGUGAGAUCUUCGGCUGGUGUCCUGUGGAGGUGGAUGACCAUGUUCCACGCCCUGCCCUUCUCCAUGAGGCCAAGAACUUCACUCUCUUCAUCAAGAACAGCAUCAGCUUUCCACGCUUCAAGGUCAACAGGCACAACCUGGUGGAGGAGGUGAAUGGCACCUACAUGAAAUCCUGCCUCUACCACAAAACCAACCAUCCGCUGUGCCCUGUCUUCGAGCUUGGCUAUGUGGUGCAAGAGUCAGGCCAGAAUUUUAACUACAUGGCUGAGAAGGGCGGGGUGGUCGGCAUCACCAUCGACUGGGACUGUGACCUGGAUUGGCAUGUGCGGCACUGCAAGCCCAUCUACGAGUUCCAUGGGCUGUAUGAGGAGAAAAAUCUGUCUCGAGGUUUCAACUUCAGAUUUGCCAGGCACUUCGUGGAGAACGGGACCAACCACCGCCACCUCUUCAAGGUGUUUGGGAUUCGCUUCGACAUUCUGGUGGACGGUAAGGCUGGGAAGUUUGACAUCAUCCCCACAAUGACCACCAUCGGCUCCGGCAUUGGCAUCUUUGGGGUGGCAACAGUUCUCUGUGACCUGCUGCUGCUCCACAUCCUGCCCAAGAGGCAUUACUACAAGCAGAAGAAGUUCAAGUAUGCAGAGGACAUGGGGCCAGGGGAGGGCGAACGUGACCUUGCAGCCACUAACUCCAUCCUGAAUCUUCAGGAGAACACGAAGACGUCCUGA